AUGAAGUACCUUGUCCUCAGAAUGAGGUACCUUCUCCUCAGCGUGAGGAACCUUGCGGUCAGAGUGAGGAACCUUGUCCUCGGAGUGAGGAACCUUGUCCUUAGUAAGAGGAACCUGCCUUCAGAGUGAGCAACCUUGUCGUCAGUGUGAGGAACCUUGUCCUCAGUGUGAGGAACCUUGUGCUCAGAGUUAGGAACCUUGUCCUCACAGUGAUGAACCUUGUCCUCAGAGUGAGGAACCUUCUCCUCACAGUGAGGAACCUUCUCCUCAGAAUGAGGAAUCUUGUUCUCAGAGUGAGUAACUUUGUCCUCAGCUUGAGGAACCUUGUCCUCAUAGUGAGGAACGUUGUCCUCUAGUGACAAGGUUUCUAACUCUGAGGACAAGGUUUCUCACUCUGAGAACAAGGUUCCUCACACUGUAGACAAGGUUCCUCUCUCUGAGGACAAGGUUCCUCACUCUGAUUACAAGGUUUCUCACUCUGAGGACAAGGUUCUUCAAUCUGAGGGCCAGGUUCAUCACACCGACGAAAAGGUUCGUCACUCUGAGAACAAGUUUCGUUACUCUGAGGACAAGGUUCAUCAAUCUGAGGACAAGGUUCCUCCCUCUGGGGGCAAGGUUCCUCACUCUGAGGACAAGGUUCCUCACUCUAGUGACAAGGUUUCUCACUCUGAGGACAAGGUUUCUCACUCUGAGGACAACGUUCCCCACUCUGAGGACAAGGUUCCUUACUCAGAGGACAAGGUUCCUCAUUCCGAGAAGGAAGUUCUUCACUCUGAGGACAAGGUUCCUCACACUGACGAAAAGGUUCCUCACUCUGAGAACAAGUUUCGUUACUCUGAGGACAAGGUUCCUCACUCUGAGGACAAUGUUCCUCUUUCUGAGGGCAAGGUUCCUCCCUCUGAGGGCAAGGUUCCUCACUCUGAGGACAAGGUUCAUCACUCUAGUGACAAGGUUUCUCACUCUUAGACAAGGUUCCUCACUCUGAGGACAAGGUUCCCCAAUCUGAGGACAAGGUUCCUCACUCUGAGGACAAGGUUCCUCACUCUGAUUACAAGGUUUCUGACUCCGAGGACAAGGUUCGUCACUCCGAGGACAAGGUUCCUCAUUCUGAGGACAAGGUUCCUCACUCUGAGGACAAGGUUCCUCACUCUGAGGACAAGUUUCCUCCCUCUGAGGACAAGGUUCCUCACUCUGAAGGCAGGUUCCUCACUCUGAGGACAAGGUUUCUCUUUCUGAGGACAAGGUUCCUCACUCUGAGGACAAGGUUCCUCACACUGCGGACAAGGUUCCCCACUCUGAGGACAAGGUUCCUCACUCUGACGACAAGGUUCCUUACACUGAGGAGAAAGUUUCUUACUCCGAGGAAAAGGUUCCUCACCUUGAGGGCAAGGUUCCUCACUCUGAGAACAAGGUUCCUCUCUCUGAGGACAAGGUUCCUCAAGCUGAGGACAAAGUUACUCACUCUGAGGACAAGAUUCCUCACUCUGAGGACAAAAGUUCCUCACUCUGAAGACAAGGUUGCUCGCUCUGAAGGCAGGUUCCUCACUCUAAGGAGAAAGUUCCUCACUCUGAGGACAAGGUUUCUUACUCUGAGGACAAUGUUCCUCACCCUGAAGACAUAGUUCCUAACUCUGAGGACAAGGUUCGACACUCUGAGGACAUAGGCACUUCACUCUCAGGACAAGGUUCCUCACUCGGAAGACAAGGUUCCUCCGUGUAAAGGCAGGUUCCUCACACUAAGGACAAGGUUCCUGAUUCUGAGGACAAAGUUCAUCACUCUGAAGGCAUGUACCACACUCUAAGGACAAGGUUCCUCACUCUGAGGGCAGGGUUCCUCACUCUGAGGACAAAGUUCCUCACUCUGAGGACAAGUUUCCACACUCUAAGGACAAGGUUCCUCACUCUGAGGUCAAGGUUCCUCAUUCUGAGGACAAUGUUCGUCAGUCUGAGGACAAGGUUCCUCUCUCAGAGGACAAGAUUCCUCACUCUGAGGACAAGCUUCCUUACUCUGAAGACAAGGGUCCUCACACUGAGGACAAGGUUCCUCAAUCUGAAGACAAGGUUCUUCACACUGAGGGCAAGGUUCCUCAAACUGAGAACAAGGUUCCUCAUUCUGAGAACAAAGUUCGUCUGUCUGAGGACAAGGUUCCUCACUCUGACGACAAGGUGCUUCACACUGAGGACAAGGUUCCUCACUCUUAG